CACUUCAGCUCGGCGCGAGCGGCUGUGCGCUGAUUUCUAUGAGAAAUUAAACGCGGGGCAGGCAUGAAGGUGGCAAGCAAGGACCGUGAGGAGCUGAUAUGGCAACUGGACCUUGUGAAGUACUGGAACAAAACGAAGAAUGCACACACCCUGUGAAAGAGCUGCCAGCCCAGAGGGAAAACAUUCAAAAACAACUGAAGGAGGACAUAGAAGAUGCCCAAAUACCUACAAGCAAAGAGGAGAUAAACAGUACCCCAAACGGCAUCGAAAAGGAAGAGAACAAACUCCACGUUGUCGACAAGGACCUUGAUGAGUUUGCGGACAGCAUGUCGGAAGCUGCCCCGUCCCUGCUUCCUGAGCACAUCCCAGAGGCAAAACAGCAGCCUGCUCCAGAACGGGCACCUGCCCAUUUGCCCCGGGCUGAGCAAGUGGCAGAAAAGGUGCUGAGGGCAGAAAAGGGAGCCGAGAGGCCUCCGCGAGCAGAAAAGCUACCAGAGAAAGCUCCAGAGCCCAAAGUGCCACGAGCUGAGAAGACCCCACGGGUGGAGAAGCCAGUGGAGAAGGCACGGCCGAAGGGUGUGUCAGCCCCAAAGGCCGUUCCGGCCAGAAGGAAAGCAGAGGCCCGCGCUGCGGCCCAAGCAAAGGACACACUCCCCUGGGAGGGCCUGACCCUGAACAAGUGUCUCCUCGUUGCCUCCUUUGUCGCCCUCCUCAGCGUGAGCUGCCAAGUGGCUCAAGACAUCAUAGAAUAUGGAGAGGAGCUUUUCCAGGCAGAGCUGGACGCUUGGACUCAGCAAGAAGCCAGCGUUGGAGAACUGGACGAACGGUGGUUUUAUGAGCGGUGGUUUGACUGGUCGGACACAGAGGAGCCACCUGACAUAGAGGAAGAACUACUAGAAACAGAGGAGGAGGAGGAGGAAGAGGAGGAGGAGGAAGACCCAGGACUAACAGAAGUGGAAGAGGAACAAGGACCAUCAGAAGAAGAGGAGGAGUCAGAAGACACACCAGCAGCCAAGGUAGGACCCAAGAAGAGCCGGGAGAAAGCAGGCAGGAGAGAGCGACCCUCCAGAGAGAAAGCCACGAAAAGUCGCAAGGCCCCUGGCCACAAGGAUGAUGAGGAAGAAGAGGAGGAGGAGCAAGAAGAGGAGGAGGAGCAAGAAGAGGAGGAGGAGGAAGAGGAGGAGGAAGAGGAAGAGGAGGAGGAAGAGGAGCAGCCCCUCAGCAGGAGACAUCGCCGGAAGGGGAAGGAAGACCAGAAGCAACAGGGGGACAAGAGGAGCCGCCGCCACAAACACGACGAAGCUGGCCGGCCCCCCAAGGAGCACAGGCGGGAACGACCCCCCAAGGACGACCAUGACAGAGGAAAGGGGCAUCCCCUGGCCAAGCACGAGCAGAAGGACCGGAAGCUGGACCAGCGCCCCUUCUUCCUCCCACACAAAGAUGGCACCCACAGGUUUGCAAAGCACAAGCUCCAAGAGGGGAAAAGACAUGACUGAGAUCGUAGUGGGGGCCCCUUGCCCCCGCGCUGGAGAGCAGAGCUCAGAGAGCCUUCCUGCUCCUUUGCUCACCACCUCUUUGGAAAGCGUGGGGAUGGCUGUCAAGCCACAAGA